CGUUGAAGCAAUUGGGCCUUCUUACGAGGGAGAAAUUGCACAUCAACUUCUCCCGGGUUGACUUCUCUCCACCAAUGUUGCAUGGCCGAGUGGAUAGCCGCAACUAGUUGAAGGGUUCGAGCUAGGGGGUAUAGUACACAUCGUUCACUCUGUAUACGUGUGUGUACGAGUGUACGGGUCGUGCCUACCACCACGUCCUCAAAAAUUCUCAGGCAAACAAAAUGGCAACAACAAUCAAAGCCUCCGUCCUCCACGGAGCCCGCGAUCUCCGCGUGGAAUCCCGCCCCCUCCCCUCCCUCUCCCCAACCGACGUCCUAAUCUCCAUCAAAUCCACCGGCCUCUGCGGCUCCGACCUGCACUACUACACCCACUUCCGCAACGGGGACAUCCAAGUGCACGAGCCUCUAACCCUCGGGCACGAGUCCUCGGGCAUCAUCACCGCCAUCGGCUCCAGUUCCUCCAUCUCCUCCGAUUUCGGUCUAAAAGUAGGCGACCGUGUUGCGCUGGAGGUUGGUCAGCCGUGCGAGGUUUGCGAAUUAUGUUCUCCUGCUUCUGGUUCUGGGGAAAAAGAAAGCAGAUAUAACAUCUGCCGCGCCAUGCGUUUUCGGUCUUCAGCCAAGGGGUGGCCGCAGUUUAGUCAUGCACAGGGAACCCUGCAGGAGGUGGUUGCCCACCCGGCAAAGUGGUGCCAUAAGUUGCCUGACGCUGUGGACUACACCAUGGGAGCGCUGGCGGAGCCGUUGGCUGUUGCUAUGCAUGCGGCGGGGAGGGCCCAGAUUGCCUCACUAGCGGGCCGGCUUCAAGGGAAGGAUAGCAGCAGUAGGGCGGCGAAGAUCCUUGUAUUCGGAGCCGGCGCGGUCGGGUUGCUCUGCGCUGCUGUUUGCAAGUCCAUCACCAAGGGGGAUGCGAUAGUGGUGAUUGCGGAUAUCCAGGCUGAUAGGGUCAAGUUUGCGGUGGAGAAUGGGUUUGCUGAUGCGGCGGUUGUGGUUCCCGUGCCGGAGAAGAGGCCGGAGACGAUAGAGGAGAAGCUGGAGUAUGCGAAGGGGGUGGCGGAGAGGGUUAAGGCGGCUGAGGUGGUGGAGGGCAGGCAGGUGGGGGAGGUCAAUGUUACUUUUGAGUGUACGGGGGUGGAGAGUUGUUUGCAGAGUUCGAUUUAUGCGACGGCGCCGGGCGGCAAAAUCAUGAUCAUCGGCAUGGGUAAUCCCAUCCAGACGCUACCCAUCUCGGCCGCUUCGCUGAAGGAGGUUGAUCUCUUGGGCGUGUUUCGGUAUGCGAAUGCCUAUCCGAAGGUGAUUGAGCUGUUGGCUAGCGGUGAUCCGCAUCUGCCUGACCUGUCUAGGCUGGUGACGCAGCGGUAUAAUGGUCUGGAAAGUAUCCCCAAGGCAUUCGACAUGGCGGCUAGCGUGAAGGACGAUGAGGGGAAUUUGGUGUUGAAAGUUAUGGUUGAUAUGUAGAAGAGUGGAUGGAGGCAAAUGGUGUUAGUGUACAGAAAAGAGGAAUACAGUUGGAUAAAAUAAAUGAAGACGUGUCAGAGAUUUGCUUGAGUUGCGGUUCCUAGAGGCACUGUGGACAUUGUAAGAAACAUACCUAGCAAA